GUGCUCAGCUUAUCCUUUGGGUUCUCUGCAACUGCAACAGAAAAAGAAAGGAAAAUUUAUUGCAGCCCCUCUGCUAAUGUUAUUUAUAGCUCUCCUUCCCUGGUGCAUUUUCAUCUCAUCAAGAACAAGGAGAUGAUGAAUGUGAGGCUUCUAGGAGUGGUUUUGGUCCUGGUGUUGGUUACUGUAAAUCUCAAUGUAGAGGCAGAAGAAUUAGGGUUUGUGGAGACAAGAGGGCUACAUUUUGUUGCCAAUGGCAGCAUUUUCUUCGCCAAUGGCUACAAUGCCUACUGGCUGAUGACCAUGGCCUCAGACCCUUCCCAGAGGCCUAAGGUCUCCUCUGCCCUGAGUGAUGCAUCCAGCCAUGGCCUCACAGUGGCCAGGACCUGGGCUUUCAAUGAUGGAGGGGGCAGCAAUGCCUUGCAGACUUCACCUGGAGCCUACAAUGAGCAAACCUUUCAGGGAUUGGAUUUUGUGGUGUCUGAGGCUAGAAAAUUUGGGACCAGGAUGAUACUGAGCUUGGCGAACAACUACGACAACUUCGGAGGGAAGAAGCAGUAUGUGGAGUGGGGGAGGUUGCAGGGCCAGAUCAUUGCGUCUGAGGAUGAGUUCUUCACCAACCCAGUCGUCAAAGAUUUCUACAAGAACCAUGUCAAGGCUGUGCUGACCAGAGUGAACACCAUCACUGGAGUGGCAUACAAAGAUGAUCCCACAAUCUUUGCAUGGGAGCUCAUGAAUGAACCCAGAUGCCCCUCAGACUUAUCAGGGAAGAACAUACAGGAAUGGAUAGCAGAGAUGGCUGCAUACUUGAAAUCUAUAGAUGAGAAUCAUUCGGUGGAAGCAGGUCUUGAGGGGUUUUAUGGGAAGAUAUCAUCAAACCAGAAGCAGGAUAAUCCAAGGUUUCAAGUGGGAACUGAUUUCAUUGCCAAUAACCAGAUUCCACAGAUAGAUUUUGCAACCAUUCACUCGUAUCCAGAUCAAUGGUUAUCGACGCCGGACGAACAAUCCCAGCUAGCGUUCCUCAACAACUGGCUGGACGCCCACAUCGACGACGCCAGAAAUGUGCUCCGGAAGCCACUUCUGGUGGCGGAGUUCGGGAAAUCCACCAAAGACCCCGGUUUCAGCACCGACCAGAGGGACGCCGUCUUCCGAGCGGUCUACUCCAAGAUCUACGCGUCGGCCAGAACUGGCGGCGCCACCGCGGGGAGCUUGUUCUGGCAGCUCAUGGCGCAGGGGAUGGAGUCGUACGGCGACGGGUACGAGAUCGUGCUCGGGGAGUCCGCGCCGACCACGACGCGGCUGAUCGCCGCGCAAUCGCGCCAGCUCCGGCUCCUGAGCGGAGCCCCAGCCGGCAGGGGAGGAGUCCCGGAGAAGAGAAAGAUCGGAGGGCGGAACUGAUGCGGAAGAUUUGGAUUUCUCGAGUUUGGUGCGAUGAUUUUGUUUAUCCAGGAGAAGAAGAAGAAACAUUAAUAAAUUUGGAAAUUUUGCAUCGAACCACCCCAAGUUCGAAAAUUUUCACCUAUGCAUUUU